AUGGCCCAAGUACAUUCAUCAAUCCUUCUGGCCGUGACGAAGCCAUAUGAAAUCGUACCACAGUUCAAAAGGGCACCCUUGUACCACUCCCAGGAGAGCCUCGACAUCAUCGCUCUUGUAGUGGAGGUCAAGCAUCGUCCUGUUUUCUUCAUGGAGAUUCAACCUCCUGCCUCAUUUAUCUACGACUCUAGACGUGAAGAAGCCGAUGAACAAAUGAGAAAAUAUUUUAUGGAUUUCGCGGGCAACCCAGCCAUUCCUAUCCUUCACGGCGUCAGUGCGUUUGGCACUCGGCUUUCCUUUUAUGAAUGUGAUUCAGCCACCCGUAUCUUCCAACCAGAGCUUAUUGAAGCUCACCCUCCUAUUCUUGCCGACGUGGCACCCAUCACUCGUUGGAACUGCGAUGUUCUCCAAUGGGAGGGUGUGAAUCGCUUGAUGGAUGUUGUUAAUAAGGUCAAGGAGAUGUGUGCUCGGCUUUGA